AUGUCCACCGCAAAUCCCGAUUCCGGCGCCGGCGUGUCCGCCUUCAUCCCUCUCGAAUGCAACCCCGUCAGAAUGACUGCCCUCCUAAAGGGCAUCGACGAGUCGAGCCCCCUCCAAUUCUACGACGUCAUCUCGAUCCCCGACGCGCGCCUCAUCAACCUGCACAUCCCGCACCCCGCCCUCGCGCUGCUCCUCGUCUUCUCCUCGCGCACCCCACCCGAGGAGCUCAGGUACAGAGGCAGCGGCGCCGACGAGCCCGUCGUCUGGUGGCGCCAGACCGUCAAGAAUAGCUGCGGCACGAUGGCGCUGCUGCAUGCCGCCUGCAACGGGCCCGCGCGGGAUCUCAUCGACAAAACGAGCACGCUGGGGAAGCUCCUGGACGAAUCGAUCCCGAAGGGGCCGGAGGAACGCGCAAGGCUCCUGGAGCGCUCGAAGGAGCUGGCGGAUGAGCACCAGAAAGCGGCGGAGGGCGGCGACACGGAGGCACCGGAGGCGACGGACGACGUGGAGCCGCACUACGUGUGCUUCGUGGCCGGCACGGACGGCGCGCUGUACGAGAUGGACGGCCGCAAGUCCGGGCCGGUGAAACUGGGCGACCUGGGCGGCGAGGCGGACAUGCUCAGCGAGACGGCACUGGACCUGGGGGCGCGCAAGUACAUCAAGCCGAAUGAGAACUUUAGCUCGGUGGUGCUCGCGGCGGGCUCGCAGUAG